AUGGACCCUUCUUCUACACCGACCCCGAGAUUAGGAGCAUCUCGACCGUUGCAUUCCUCCUCGUCCUCACCUGGUCCAGCCCGACGCGAAUAUCCACUUUCCAGUGAUAGCAGAUCCGGGAAUGGUCCAAUGGGCGGUGCGGGCCAAGAUCAGGUUUCGGCCACGUCCACCGGGGCCCGCCUGCAGACCCCCGCGCCUGAUGAAGCUGUCGGAAAAUCCAAGACCAAUAGACGCAAGAACCGCCGUCGCAGACCUCGUAACCGCAAACAAUCGUUCCUCCCUCCUACUGCUGAAACCUCGCAUGAAACUGCAGGUCCUUCAACUGUAGCUGAUGGGGCUAGAGAGUCAAUGGAUGUUGAUCGACCGACCUCGAAGGAUGGCCCGUCAUUCUUCAAACUAGGUCGUAACUUGAGCAAUACCAGCUUGGAAAGCGAUGCUUUGCUCGAUCAUCGAGACCAACCCAUGAUGCGGCCCCGUCGUGACAGCCGUCAAACUUCUUUAUUCCGCCCUAGCUCUUUGAUCUCCACGAAUUUCCGUUCUGGCGAUCCGCGAGCUCGAAAUACCCCUGGAGGAUGGUCUCAACAAUAUCAAGACGAUGACAGCGAUGAAUUGGACGCCAAUGAUCGGACACCAUUAGUACGUCGACCUACAUCGGGGACGACAUCUGCUCGAACUCGCUACGGCACAGAAACUCGCACCAGUCCGCUUUCUUCUCGACCUCGUCGAGCAUCUGCACAGACACCAUCAUCGCAAUGUUCUCCCAACCAUAGCACAUCAUAUUUCCCAGAACCUGAGCGCGAUUUUGAUGUGAACAAUCCACCCUCGAUACCCGGCUCGCCGAAGCUGGGCCCGGACCUGAAAUACGACGAUGCGAUGGUGACUGGAGUGGAUUUCGACUUCGCCUCACAGGCUCUGGAUAAUCGUCGAGAUUCAUUCAACUGGUUGAAUGAUACUGUGAUUAAUAUUGAAGGCGCACCGCACCAACACUCGGCACCUUCAUCCAUUCGUUCAGCGCACUCUCCUGAGCGUGGGUUUGGCCCACGACGCCAUACUGUUGCUAAUCCUUUAGAAGAUGUCUGCUUGCCGGGAGAUACCUCGGAGUUGGGUGACGAUGGGUCCCAUCUCCCACGGGACGAAACCGGCGAACGACGACGACGCAGACACCGGCGGUGGCCAGAUCUAUCAGCGCUGGAAGAAUGGAGUCGAGAGGAAAAGGAAGAUCGCAGUGGAGAUCUUCGUGUUAAGAAGAUUAGUGAGCCAAUGCUCAUCGAAGGCCGACUGCGGCCGCAGUAUAAAUUGUGGCGCCGAGAAGAGGAUGAGGCUCCAUAUCGGUUUACCUACUUCAACGAAGAGUUUCCAAGCACCAUCCAUGCACAAAGUAUUUCUGAGCUGGUGCAACCAGGAGGCAGCUUUCGGGAGCUUUUCAUACCCGAUCCUCCCGAGCUGGAGGAUUCAUCGUCUGAUGAAGAAGAGGAGGGCAAUCAUUCUGUGCAGGAGAAUACCGCAGCUGGUCAUAUGGCUGCAGGUACUAGUCCCAGAGGAAAUUUCGAUAUCCAUCCUUCUAAUGGGAACGCAUCGCUAGGGUCUUUUGGUUCAGCCAGGGAUGACCAAAAUGCCUCUCCUGCCGCUACGAAUGGUAUUGGAGGACCUCAACGGUUAUCAGUCAUUAGUGAAGGAAAACCAGAAUCCCACCGAGAGAUUUCGCCAUCGAUCUCAAAUCUUGGCAUUAAGCCUAAGCGAUAUGGGCCUCGACCAACUUUUUGGCUUGAUGUGCUCUCCCCAACCGACGCGGAAAUGCGUGUCAUUGCGAAAGCAUUUGGCAUCCACGCCUUGACCGCCGAGGAUAUUAUGAUGCAAGAAGCACGAGAGAAGGUCGAGCUUUUCCGCAGCUACUACUUUGUGAACUACCGUACCUUUGAGCAGGACAGGAAUAGUGAAGACUACCUUGAACCUGUCAACAUGUAUGUUGUUGUCUUCCGUGAGGGUGUCAUAUCAUUCCACUUUUCUCAAACACCACACCCAGCCAAUGUACGACGGCGCAUUCGCCAGCUUAUGGACUACUUGAUUCUCAGUUCUGAUUGGAUCUCAUAUGCUCUUAUUGACGAUAUCACCGAUGUGUUUGGCCCACUUAUCCAAGCCAUUGAGGAUGAAGUCGAUGAGAUUGAUGAGAUGAUCAUGCAGAUGCAUUCCUCCAGUAAAGAGGCCUCCUCAAGCGACAACUUACUUCCCUCUUUUGCGCCUGGUGACAUGCUACGACGAGUGGGACAGUGUCGCAAGAAGGUCAUGGGAUUAUACAGAUUACUCAGCAACAAGGCCGAUGUUGUCAAGGGUUUUGCUAAGCGCUGUAAUGAACAGUGGGAGGUGGCACCAAAAUCUGAAAUUGGAUUAUAUCUGGGUGAUAUUCAGGAUCAUAUUAUGACCAUGACGGGCAACUUGACUCACUAUGAAACGAUACUUUCUCGGGCACAUUCGAAUUAUCUGGCACAGAUCAAUAUCUUGAUGAAUGAACGUCAGGAACAAACCGCUGAUGUCUUGGGUAAGCUGACUGUCUUGGGUACUAUCGUCCUACCCAUGAACAUCAUUUGUGGUAUGUGGGGUAUGAAUGUCAAAGUACCUGGUCAAGACAUCGACAGUCUCAACUGGUUUUGGUCAAUCACGGCUGGCUUGUUCGUCUUUGCUUUUGUUUCUUUUGUGAUCGCUAAGCGAGUGUACAAGAUUGUGUAG